GUGGCGAGAACAGUGGCUGAAUGGGCUGACAAAAUCACGAGUAGUGGAUAAAGACCUCCAAAGGCUAAUCGACAAUGAUAGAGUGUAUACAUGCGAAAAGCAUUUCGCACCUGAUGACAUAGAAAUCUUUCAUUCGGAAAAGAUGACGAAGAAAAAGCCAAAGUUUGGAGCUCUCCCAACGGUUAAUAUACCCAAGAAAAGCCGCGAUUCAAGGAGGCCUGUGAUGAGACCGUCGAGGUCCAUUGUCAGAGAUCAUGAAGACAGCAAGAUCAACAAACGAAUCUACAAGAACUUCGAAGGACUUUGUGUCAGAGUAAAAUCUCUGAAAACUCUUUCCACCUGGAAAUUAGAACAACUAAACGACAGAAUUCUUAUUAAAAGGGUACGUGAUUCGUUUUUAUUACCUGAACUCAAACUAAUAAUCGACGACAGUCUGGGGUUCACUAUCAAGGUGUAUGGAUGCUUAUUACCUGAAGACCACGAACUUUAUUUAAACUGCUUUACGUCUGUGAUGAAUGUGUCUGUUUCUAACCUUGUCAAGGAUAUGGAGAGGUAUUUUAUUUGCCCUGGUGUUGAACCUUUAACAUGUAGUGAUGUGUUACAGCAUGUCAUUCCAAAGUUUGUGGAUCACUUGAAGGAAGAAGAACCAUUCCCAAGUAAACAGUACUGGCGUGCUAAGGGAUGUGAACUUCUGUGUGAAGACAGUAACCAGCAGUGCAUGCCUUGCUCCAAAUUUUCUCAUGCAGUGGGUAAAACAAAUAGAUCAAAGCUGAAAAAAUUAUCAGAGCCUGCUCACAUCAACUCUCCAGUAUCCCAAACACCACCUGAGAGAAUUAAACUCGCACUCCAGAUGCAGAGAUUAAAGUGUGCAGAACUUGACCAACAGUUGAAUGAGAUGAUGGCUGAAAUAAAGAAUUCCAGCAUCGAGGCUGCCCAUGAGCUCAGCAAGGAUCUGACAUCAAUUCUAGGGAAAACCAAUGCUAGAAUAUCUCCAUUUAUGGAGUUAUUUUGGCAGCAACAGAAAAAAAUGUUUUCAAGCAGUGCAACUGGAGUGAGGUUUCACCCUAUGAUAGUAAGGUACUGUUUGUCCUUGGCAGCGAAGUCUCCAUCUUGUUAUGAGGAAUUGAGAAACAGUGGAAUUCUUGUGUUACCCAGUCAACGGACUCUGCGGGAUUACAGGAACUUUAUACGGCCAAAGAGAGGUUUUCAUGAAAGUUUCCUGCAAGAACUUAAAGAAAUGACAGACACAUACUUUGAUGUACAGAGGUACAUUGUGUUACUCUUUGAUGAGAUGAAGAUAAUGUCAAAUCUUGUCUUUGACAAGGUUACUGGUGAACUUAUUGGUUACGUGGACUAAGGGGAUCCAGACAUUAAUUUUGCAACACUUGAUAUGGCAGAUACAGUUGCAACACAUGCACUUGUAUUCCUUGUCAGGGGUGUUUGCACCGAGUUGAAAUUCAGUCUCGCUUACUUCGCAACUAAUGGAAUCACAGCUGUCCAGUUAAU